AUGUCUCUUAUAACGCCAGCAACCAUAGUUAAAAAGGCUUUGACGAAUUUCGGUAACAUAUGUCGACGACGAAUACUUUACAGAACACAGCCAUUUACAUGGAAAAGUUUGGCAUUAUUUUCAAUGACAGGAUCAGGAUUAUUCCUUUAUUUUAAACAUGAAAAAGCAAAAUUAAUAGAAAAACGCAAAGAAGAAUUAGAAAGUAAAUCUGCCGGAAAGCCUCAAGUUGGUGGCCCUUUUGAAUUAAUCGAUCAUAAUGGUCGAUUAGUUACGGAUAAAGAUUUUCUAGGUCAAUUUUUAUUAGUAUAUUUUGGAUUUACUCAUUGUCCUGAUAUUUGCCCCGAGGAAUUAGAUAAAGUGACAAAAGUUACAGAAGAUAUCAAUAGUGAUCCAAAACUUGGAAAAAUUAUAACACCAAUUUUCAUAUCAUGUGAUCCACAACGUGACACAUACGAGUCUUUUGUACAUAUUUCAGAUUUUCACAAAGAUAUGGUGGGUCUCACUGGUACAUAUGAGCAAAUAGCAAAAGUUGCAAAAAGUUAUCGAGUUUAUUUUAGUCGUCCACCAAAGGUAAAACCUGGUGACGAAUAUUUGGUAGAUCAUUCGAUAUUUUUUUAUUUAAUGGAUCCGAAUGGUCUGUUCGUUGACGCAUAUGGAAAAAGCACUACAGCUGAUAGUGUCACAGAUAGUGUUAAAGGACAUAUUAAAAAUUUUAUUGAUAGGGGUGGCGUAAUUAAGAAGCUGGAAGUAAUAUCAUAUUGCUGGAUUUUUCGUCAUAUAUUUCCACGAUCUCCAAUGAGUGCCCUUUCAAGACCGCUGGCCCUCGCGGGCUACUUUCAGCCUAGUCCCACCCUAGAUCGUCUUGUAAAAUUUUUUAACUCGGUGCCGAGUCUUGACAAAAUUUUAUCGCUGGUACAAUACUUUUCUAAAGUCUUGAUAUGGUUUCUUUUACGUGGCGGUAGGGCCUCUUUGGCUGAACGCAUCAACAACCUAGAGAUUCCAGUUACAGACCUUAGGGUUCUUCUACGGUUUUUCGGGCUUUUUCCUUUGAUAAAAUGGAUGAUUCAAAUUGAACACGAGCAUGGGCCGUCGACAAAUAAUCUCCUCCUUAAUAUUAAACGAAUGCAGAACCUAACCAUGCUGUUCUAUUAUCCGCUCGAGCAUGCUUGGUGGUUGGGUUUUCGAAAAAUUAUAACCUUGUCCCCCGAGCGGAUAAAUAAAAUUGGUAUGUGGAGUUGCAGAUGGUGGGCAAUUUACGUUUUACUCCAGUUUUGGCAUCUUGCCGUCGAAAGGAGUUUACUAGUGCGACGCCGGAGAGAGUUACGUGUCGACGGGGACGACGUCGAGACUAUAUUGCGGGAAAAACGAGAGUUAAAAUCUGAGGGUGAUAGGAUUUUUCGAGAGAUUCUCAUAAACGUCGGAUAUUUUCCGUUAACGCUGCAUUGGUCAAUCGAGAAUUCCCGAUUUCCCGAUGUCGGCGUAGGAAUAUUUGGUACUAUUGCCUCGUUCUACGAG